CCCCUCCGCCAUAGUGGGGGGGUGUGUAUUGAGUGAUCAGGAUGUCAACCAAUAACAACAUCGCCCAGGCCAGGAAACUGGUGGAACAACUGAGGAUCGAGGCAGGAUCGAAACGUAUUAAGGUGUCUAAGGCAGCGGCAGACCUGAUGAGUUACUGUGAGCAGCACGCCCGUAACGACCCGCUCCUCGUUGUCCCAACGUCAGAAAACCCUUUCAAAGACAAGAAACCCUCGCAUCAUCCUAUAGCUGCACACUCGUCUCUGCCCAUCAGACACACACACACCCCUGCCCACACACACACUCCCACCGGCUGACUCUGCAACAGCCAACAAGGCCCAGCUCUGUCAAGAUAUACAUAACACACACCACACACACG